AUGUCAGACAAGAGUGACUUAAAAGCAGAGCUGGAACGUAAAAAACAGAGAUUGGCUCAAAUAAGAGAGGAAAAGAAACGGAAAGAAGAAGAAAGGAAAAAGAAAGAGGCAGAUUCUCAGCAGAAGAAGGAACUACCUCAGGAAGAUUCUGAUCUGGAUCGUAAGAGAAGAGAGACUGAAGCAUUACUGCAAAGCAUUGGUAUUUCCCCAGAACCUCCUUUAGUGAAAUCAUUGCAUGUUUUAACAUGGGAUACCUGUUAUUUUCAUUAUUUAGUCCCAACCCCUAUGUCUCCCUCUCCGAAAUCAGUGAGCACGCCCAGUGAAGCUGGAAGUCAAGAUUCGGGAGAGUUGGGACCUCUAGGAAGGACCCUGCAGUGGGACACAGACCCUUCAGUGCUCCAGCUUCAGUCUGACUCUGAACUUGGCCGCCGUUUACACAAGCUUGGAAUCUCCAAGAUCACCCAGGUGGACUUCUUGCCUAGGGAAGUGGUGUCCUAUUCCAAAGAGACCCAAACACCGUUGGAUACUCAUCGCUCUGAAGAGGAUGAAGAAGAAGAAGAAUUGGUGGAACUGAAAGCUCAGAAUGAUGCUGAGAUAGAAACUCAAGAAAAGACACAAGAUGCAAAGGAAGCUCCUCCUAGAGAAUUGACAGAGGAAGAAAAGCAACAGAUUCUACAUUCAGAAGAAUUCCUUAUAUUUUUUGACCGGACAAUACGUGUGAUUGAGCGAGCUCUAGCUGAAGAUUCAGACAUUUUCUUUGACUACAGUGGCCGGGAUGUAGAGGAAAAAGAUGGUGAUGUCCAAGCUGGAGUCAACCUUUCCUUCAGCCGACAGUUUUAUGAUGAGCAUUGGUCUAAACAUCGUGUUGUCACUUGUAUGGAUUGGUCCCUACAGUAUCCUGAGUUGAUGGUUGCUUCAUAUAACAACAAUGAAGAUGCUCCACAUGAACCUGAUGGGGUGGCCUUGGUCUGGAACAUGAAAUUCAAAAAAACAACUCCUGAGUAUGUUUUUCAUUGCCAGUCCUCUGUGAUGUCCGUCUGUUUUGCCCGCUUUCAUCCAAACCUAGUUGUUGGAGGAACCUAUUCUGGCCAAAUUGUUCUGUGGGAUAAUCGUAGCCACAGGAGGACACCAGUUCAGCGUACACCUCUUUCUGCAGCUGCGCACACGCACCCAGUCUACUGUGUAACUGUCGUUGGAACACAGAACGCUCACAACCUCAUUACCGUUUCUACAGAUGGCAAAAUGUGUUCUUGGAGUUUGGAUAUGCUUUCAACUCCGCAGGAGAGUAUGGAGCUAGUAUAUAAUAAAUCCAAGGCAGUGGCAGUUACCGGAAUGGCUUUCCCAACUGGAGAUGUUAACAACUUUGUAGUUGGAAGUGAAGAGGGCACUGUCUACACAGCUUGUCGCCAUGGAAGUAAAGCAGGGAUUGGAGAAGUUUUUGAAGGUCACCAGGGGCCAGUGACAGGAAUCAACUGCCACAUGGCAGUAGGUCCAAUUGAUUUCUCUCAUCUAUUUGUUACAUCGUCAUUUGAUUGGACUGUCAAAUUGUGGACCACAAAGCACAACAAGCCGCUCUACUCCUUUGAAGACAAUGCCGACUAUGUCUACGACGUCAUGUGGUCCCCCGUGCACCCCGCUCUCUUCGCCUGCGUCGACGGGAUGGGCCGAUUGGAUCUCUGGAACCUGAAUAAUGACACCGAGGUUCCAACAGCUAGUGUGACCAUUGAAGGAGCUUCUGCCCUCAAUCGUGUUCGUUGGAGCCAGGCUGGAAAAGAAGUAGCAGUCGGCGACUCUGAAGGACGGAUCUGGAUAUAUGAUGUUGGAGAGCUUGCUAUGCCUCACAGUGACGAAUGGACUCGCUUUGCGCGCACUUUGGUAGAGAUCAGAGCCAACAGAGCUGACAGUGAAGAAGAAGGCACCAUGGAAAUAGCUGCUUAGAAUGAAGCUGAGUCCUUCCCUUCUAUCUGUUGAUGAAACCUGUUGAGCAUUAGUUCAGUACAUUGUUGAUACAGUGUUCCUGCCAGCAUUACUCAUCAGGUUCUUUCUUACUAAUCAUGCUAUGCUUAGUAGCCUGGAAGUAUUGUUUCACCUCAUAUUUCUUCUAGCAAAAUUAUAAGAAAAAAAGAUUCUAAUGCAAGGGAAUUAUGUUGCUGCCUAGUUGAUUACUUUUGUAAUUGCAAUAAACAAUCCCUAAGUAAACUU